GUUACGCAUGACAAAACUGAGAGGGGGUGGGAAAAAAUAAUAAAAGGGCGAGGUGGAGCGACUUGCGCCAAAUAAAAAGGUGUGUGGGGAUUCCUUGCCACUUUUUGAGGCAGGCCACAUGAUGACGAUGUCGUGCACCGGGAGCUGGACGGUGCAGAGCUCCAGACGUCUCAGCGGCGCGCUCUUAUGUGCGCUGCUGCUUCUCCUGCACUCCUGUCCUCUCUCUCAAGCCCAAUUGACCGACAAUGAGUCCGAGGAGGAGCUGAGCCCGAGAGCCCUGCGGGAUUUUUACCCCAAAGGUCCGAAUUUGACCAAUGAGAAGCAACUGCUUGGAGCUCUCCAGGAAGUUCUUGAAAAGCUGCAGGCUAAAAGACUACCGAUGUGGGAGAAGAAAUUUGGCCAAGUCCCGACGUGUGACAUUGGAGAACAGUGCGCGGUGAGAAAAGGCGCUCGAAUCGGAAAGAUGUGCGACUGUCCUCGGGGAGCUUUCUGCAACUUUUUCCUGCUCAAAUGCUUAUGAGUAUGUAGCUCAGGUCUUAAUGUAGAAUGUAGCAUCAACGUGAAAAACUGUGUCACUUCCUUGUAAUGUGGGGACAGUUGACAAAUAGGAUGUAUCUUAUUUUGUACUACAGGCAACUCACAAUAUGAACAGUAGUACCUCUACUCAUGAAAUUAAUUGGCUCUGGAAGUAGUUUCGUAAAUUGAAAAUUCUGUUAGUAGAGAUGCGUUUCCUUCUAAAUGCCCUAAUCUGUUCCAAGCUCCCCCAGAUUCAGACAUAUUUUUUUUUUUAUAUAAUGCAUAAUAAUUCAACAAAACAUGUAACAUACAUGAUACAGAUUACUGCAAAAAUAAACAUAAAUUCAGACUUGUGCAUAAUGUAAAAUAAAAAUAACGAGAAUAAAGAAUAAAAGUUAGUACAGUGGUCCCUCGACAUACGAUCGCUUCGACACACAAUCUUUUCGACAUCCAACGUAAAAUUUGACUCGCAAUUUGUUUCUACAUCCCACGACAUGCUCGAACUAAGACAACAUGACAGCACCGCAGACGAACGCACGGCAGAUUUUUGGGUGCGCGAAAUCAACACAGGUUUCAAAAAGGUUUGUACAGGUGGUGAAACAAGGAAAAAGGUGACGCUUACCAUUGAAGUGAUGAUGCAAAUUAUAUAUUGGGUGCGCAUCCGUGAACUGGCUCAACGAUACAUCUCCACGGUCCUCCUCCGAUCACCGUUCGCCAGUCUUUAUAAGUUAAGGUGACAAUUAUUAUUGUGGCAACAUCGCCAAAGAAAUUGCCAGCUUCGUCAGGUUUUCAUCAUUUAUUUCAGAACUUAUCCUACACGAAACACCCACUGUCCGCCGCAGUUUACGGUGUUCUCAUGAAAACAUUGAAAGUGAAAGUACAUUCUCGACCUCACCGCUCCUUCUCUCUGUCACGUCAGCUGUGCGGUGCGUUCAAGUACAGCAAAAAACAUCUGCCACAUUAGAACCCGAUUCGUUACAUUAUUAGAGGAAUUGUUAAUAUUAUUAUCAUAUUAUUAUUCCCAUUUUUAUUUAUAAUUUAUUUGUUUUGCUAGGUGUAAUUGCCAUUUGUAGUAGUAUUUAUUAAGGAUUUAGUGUAUGUUUUUGGCCUGUGAAACGAAUUAAUGGAAUUAUAAUGUAUUCUUAAGAGAAAAGUCUGCUCGACGUACGACCAUUUCGACUUACAAACAAGGUCCUGGAAGAAUUAACUUCGUAUGUAGAGGUACCACUGCACACUCAUGUAAAGCUGUCGGAACACCAGGGGCGAAUGAAGAGGAUGCUGGGAUUCACACAUACACACACACUAGAGAGGUCCCUCUUAGCCAUUGGAUGACAAGAAUGUUAGGCAAAAGCCAAUGACAGAGUAGCUAUAAGUAUGUUACGUUCAGUAAACUCUGGGACCUGCGAGUAUACCAGCUAUACUGUAUUUUUGCCUUUCGUAGAAGGGCAAUAUUUUCCCAUUUAGAUGUGGCUUUACCUGAAAAUUCUGUAUGUAGAGACGUUCGUAAGUAGAGGUACCACUGUACUGUAUAUCACGUGCAAUACAAUGGAGUCACAGAAGCGAGUUUAUUCAUUGGCCGCCAUUGGCAGCGAUAGACAUCAAACUCACUUAAGUAAACAUAACAUGCCGUUUUUAACUCAUAAACUGCCACUGAUGGCGAUAGACGUCCAAUCCAUUUGAACUGGGGUGAUCGCUGCCAGCCUCUCUCAGUUCAAAUAGAUCGGACGUCUAUCGGCGUCAAUAGCAGCCAAUGAGUUAUCAUAUAGUCACAACACACCGACCUGCACGCGGAAUGAGCACCGAUACACAUUUUGCCUGCAGAUAAUAUCGCUCAUUCGGACUGACUGAUGUGGUGGCUCAUUCUAAUGACACAUGUUCCAAUGUAGAAUUGUUCCAUAAAAAUCUGUUUGUUCUUGUUUCACAGAAAUGUUUGUGUUUCA